GCUGGAGUGCAAGAGCGGUGACAACUCUGUUAGUUUCAGUCGUUGUUCAGAAGUUUUAAAUUUCGACCACUAUGAGGGAGAUCGUACACCUGCAGGCAGGCCAGUGUGGAAACCAAAUCGGAGCAAAGUUCUGGGAGGUGAUAAGUGACGAACAUGGCAUCGACCCCUCCGGGACGUACCAUGGGGACAGCGACCUGCAGCUGGAGCGAAUCAACGUGUAUUACAACGAAGCAACAGGUGGCAAGUAUGUCCCUCGUGCAGUGCUGGUGGACUUGGAGCCAGGAACCAUGGACUCUGUGAGGUCCGGUCCAUUUGGCCAGGUCUUUAGACCAGACAACUUCGUCUUUGGCCAGAGUGGAGCAGGCAAUAACUGGGCUAAAGGUCAUUACACUGAGGGAGCUGAGCUGGUGGACUCAGUCCUGGAUGUGGUGAGGAAGGAGGCAGAGAGCUGCGACUGCCUCCAGGGCUUCCAGCUCACACACUCCCUGGGGGGAGGCACUGGCUCUGGCAUGGGCACUCUACUCAUCAGCAAAAUCCGGGAGGAGUAUCCAGACCGCAUCAUGAACACUUUCAGCGUGGUGCCCUCACCCAAGGUGUCAGACACAGUGGUGGAGCCAUACAACGCCACCCUGUCUGUCCACCAGCUGGUCGAGAACACGGAUGAGACCUACUGCAUUGAUAAUGAGGCCCUGUAUGACAUCUGCUUCCGCACGCUGAAACUCACCACGCCCACCUACGGCGACCUCAACCACCUUGUCUCAGCCACCAUGAGCGGGGUGACCACCUGUCUUCGCUUCCCCGGCCAGCUCAAUGCUGAUCUGAGGAAACUGGCUGUCAACAUGGUGCCCUUCCCCAGGCUGCACUUCUUCAUGCCAGGCUUUGCCCCCCUGACCAGCAGGGGCAGCCAGCAGUACAGGGCAUUGACAGUUCCUGAGCUCACCCAGCAGAUGUUCGAUGCCAAGAACAUGAUGGCUGCUUGCGACCCACGCCACGGGCGCUACCUUACAGUCGCCGCCAUCUUCCGAGGUCGCAUGUCCAUGAAGGAGGUGGACGAGCAGAUGCUUAAUGUUCAGAACAAGAACAGCAGCUACUUUGUGGAAUGGAUCCCCAACAAUGUCAAGACCGCUGUCUGUGACAUUCCUCCCCGUGGCCUCAAGAUGGCCGCCACUUUCAUUGGCAACAGCACGGCCAUUCAGGAGCUGUUCAAACGCAUCUCGGAGCAGUUCACCGCCAUGUUCCGCCGCAAGGCCUUCCUCCACUGGUACACGGGCGAGGGCAUGGACGAAAUGGAGUUCACAGAGGCUGAGAGCAACAUGAACGACCUGGUGUCCGAGUACCAGCAGUACCAGGACGCCACCGCUGAGGAAGAGGGCGAGUUUGAGGAGGAGGGCGAAGAGGACAUGGCCUAGAAACCUACCAUGACCUUUUUUCUUACUAUGCAAGAGUUUAGGGCUGGGCAAUAUGGCUCCAAAUCACUGUUGAUUAUUGAUCAUUGGUUUAAAAUCAGUCACUUGAAAAGUGAAAGUUGUUAAAUGAUAACAUUCAAAUAUUGUCCAGCCUUAAUAGGAGAGCAAAGGAUUUCACCAGCCUUGGUUUUUAAAUGUUGUCUGUUCUGUUGUCAUUUUUCUCACUGUGUUCAGUCCUUUCCUUUUUUUCCCCGUAUUUCUUCAUUCCUGUUUUUAUUCUGAAUGUUUUCAACCUCCACUUUCUUCUCUGUUUAGAGGGUAUCACAGAAAUGUUUCUCAGCCAUGAGUGGCAAACAUGCAACUCUCAGCAUCAGUCAUCAUAUAUUCACAUGGAAAAUCAAAAACUUGGGACAUAAUGUUAAAAUUGAAAGGAGCUGCUGUAAAAUCAAACAGUGAACGGUUAAUGUUCAGGAUCAGUCUGACUCCUGCUAUCACAGCUCUGUCCAUUCAUAGCAGUCUCCUACUGAAUGUUUUGUCCACUCAGCAGUGAAGCGGCCUAAACGAUCACCCUCUGUUAAAUUCUUUAUUUUUCAAGCUGCAGGUUUAAAAUAUAUUUCUGAUGAAAGAUAAAGUAACACUGGCCAGUUCAAGGCACAUUUAGCUGAAUCUGACUCUUAAAUCGUUUCAUUUAUUGAAAAUACACUAAAAGACUGAAAGGUAUAAAUAGUGUCAGGUAUUGGCCACUGUCACUGUGCUUGGUUUGCAAUGUAACUGACAAAGUUUUAGAUGGAUUUUAAUAAAGAUUUUUUGGAAUUGGUGCUAAUUGGUGUGGAUUA